AUGUCUGGCACAUUCCCGCCAUCGACGCCUGACUGGUCCAAUAUCGAGGUGAUCCACAAGGGCACGCUUGCCCCCCGCUCAUACUUCUUCUUGUACGACGACGAGGCGGCGGCGCUCAAGGCCGACAUCAGUGCUUCAUCCUCGGUCAACCUGAGCGGUACAUGGAAGUUCCAGCACAGUAAGAGCCCCUUUACAGCUCCCCAUGGUUUCGAGGAGCCCAACUAUGAUACUUCCACAUGGAGCGACAUCCAAGUGCCCAGCCAUUGGCAGCUACAGGGUUGGGGUGCGCCUCAUUACACCAACUUCAACUACAUCAUUCCUGUUGACCCCCCACACGUUCCAUACGAUGACAACCAAACCGGUAGCUAUGUCAGAAAAUUUGUGGUUCCCAAGGACUUUGUCGACCAGCAGAUCAGACUCCGCUUCGAGGGCGUCGACUCUGCCUUCCACGUCUAUGUGAAUGGGAGGGAGGUUGGGUACUCCCAAGGCUCUCGCAACGCCUCUGAAUUCGAUAUCACUGCCUUCCUUGACACUCCUGGCGAGAACACGUUGGCUGUCCGUGUCUAUCAGUGGUCGGACGGAAGCUAUAUCGAGGAUCAAGAUCAGUGGCGCUUCAGUGGCAUCUUCAGAGACGUGCUACUUGUGGCCUUUCCCCACACCCACAUUGAGGACUUUCACGUGCAGACUCUCCUGGACGACGAGUACAAGGAUGCAGACCUGCAGGUCAAGGUCACCACACAGGGAACCGGACCCAUCGACCUCAAACUGCUCGAUAUAACGGGACAGGCAGUGGCCUCAGAUACGAAGCACGCCGCUGACGUGUCCACUGCUUUCUCCAUGAAACUUGCCAAUCCUCGGAAAUGGAGCGCCGAGGACCCCAACCUAUACAAGCUCGUCCUUUCUUUUGGCGGUCGGUUCAUCGCACAGAAUGUCGGCUUUCGUCGAAUCGAAAUUGUUAAUGGCAUUUACAAGGUCAAUGGCCGACGCAUCGUCUUCCGCGGCGCCAAUAGGCAUGAGCAUCAUCCCCUGCACGGGCGAGCUGUUCCUUACGACUUCAUGAAGCAAGAUCUGCUGAUAAUGAAGAAACACAACAUCAACGCCAUCAGGACCUGCCAUCAGCCGAGUGAUCCGAGACUUUACAGUCUUGCCGACGAGCUUGGUUUCUGGAUCAUGGACGAGGCAGACCUCGAGUGCCAUGGUUUUAGUGUUAUCGAUCAGCAGGCCAUGCCCGAGGAGGACAAGAUCAAGUCGGCAGCUGACCAGCAGAAUCUGAGCUAUGAUCGCGCCGCUCGCUGGACGUCGGACAACCCAGAAUGGAAGGAUCAGUACGUUGAUCGUGCCGUGCAACUCGUUAACCGGGACAAGAACCAUCCCUGUGUUAUCAUGUGGUCCCUGGGCAACGAAGCAAUGUACGGCCGCAAUCACCAAGCCAUGUAUGACAAGAUCAAGACUCUCGAUACAAGUCGUCCCGUUCACUACGAAGGAGACAGGGAAGCCAAGAGUGCGGAUCUGUUCUCCCAGAUGUAUUCCUCGGUGGACAGCAUCAUCGAUUUCGCCAAAGAAGAGAACUUCACCAAGCCUCUGGUCCUUUGCGAGUUCAUCCACGCCAUGGGCAAUGGCCCUGGCAACAUCAAGGAGUAUGUCGAUGCUUUUUACAAGUACCCGCGCCUGCAGGGCGGCUGGGUAUGGGAAUGGGCGAACCACGGUCUCCUCAGCAAAGAUCGCAAGACCGGCGCCGAGUUCAUGGCCUAUGGUGGUGAUUUUGGUGACGAGCCCAAUGACUACAAUUUCAUCAUGGAUGGCGUACUGUUCUCAAACCACACUCCGACCCCUGGCUUGAUUGAGUACACCAAAGCCAUCGAGCCGGUCCAAGUCCUGAGCCAUGCCGACGGCAAAGUCACAAUCAUCAAUCGCUACGAUACAAUCAGUCUCAACCACCUCAAGUGCGAAGCCCAGCUCGUGGGCGAUGGUGUCAAGAAACCUCUGGGUUCCAUCUCCAUCCCCAGCAAUAUCGACCCCCAUACCGAGGCCAUCCUCUCCAUCCCGGAGCUGGAUGUCCACGACCUCAAAGGCGAUAUCUACCUCCAGCUCGACUUCUCCCUCGCCAACCUCACUCUCUGGGCCGCUGCAGGACACAUAACGUCGACCUCCCAACUCCAACUUCAAGCGCCGUUCGCCCUCUCCGCCUCCCUCCCAGUCCCGACCCCCGAUGCAGCCGUCCCCAGCAUAGUCCAACACGCUUCGUCCCUCACUAUUACCACUGCAAGCACAAUCUUCACUCUUUCCCUCGCCAGCGGUCAUCUCACGUCGCUCAUCAAGUCCGGCACCGAACACAUCCACGCCUCCCUAGGACCACACCUGACCCUCUCCCGCGCCCUGACCGAUAACGACCGCCCCCAGGAUGGCCAAGACUGGCUGCGGAACUAUUUACACCUCGCCCGCGGCCAUAUGCGCUCCAUCUCCUGGUCCACUGAUUCCACGAAUCGCACCACCACUGUGACCGUGCAAGCCCGCCUGGCUCCCCCUGUCCUAUCCUGGUCCUUCGCCGCCACCACCACCUACACCUUUCAUCCUUCUGGCCGCCUACAUAUCCACGUGACCGGCAAACCACAGGGCGCAAACCUACCCCCGACCCUCCCGCGCAUCGGCCUGGAGAUGGGCUUGCCCCUCGCGUUCUCGCGCGUGGACUGGUUCGGCCGCGGGCCCGGCGAAUCGUACAAGGACAAGAAGCUUAGCCAACAAUUUGGUAAUUGGGGCUUUGACAGUGUCGACGACUUGUGGGUUGACUACGAGUUCCCUCAGGAAGGUGGGAACCGUACCGACGUGCGCUGGGUACGCUUCUCCGCCCCCAGCCCUACAGACGCAGCAUUAUCCUCAGUGCAGCACGCCGCACAGGGCGUCGUCGGCCAGCUCGCCAACGCUAUGUCCAACCUGUUUUCGCCAGGCGCGCAGACCGCGCCUCCGGCUUCAGCCCUCGGCGGGUCCGAAUGCACCGUCGACACAACCCCGUCCGCACCAGCACCAGCACCCACAGCCCCAUCAUCAAGCCUAACAGCCCAUUUCGGCUCUCGCCCCAACUUCUCCUUCCACGCCUCGCGGUACAGCUCCGCAGACGUGGAUUCCGCCAAGCACCCCCACGAGCUGCAUGCUCUGAAGCGUGACUACGUGAUCCUACGCCUGGACGCCGACCACCAUGGCCUGGGCACGGGGAGCUGCGGGCCCAAGACGCUGGACGAGUAUGCGCUCAAGGUUGAAGGUGGAGGGUGGGAAUUUGAGCUUGUGCUGGAGUAG